AUGCAGACACAGUCCGAUCCACGAAGGCCAAACAGAAUCAUUCAAAGCAGCAGAUCCACAGGCAAAUAAUGCAAUCACCGAUGACCCUCUUCCCGAGUACAUGAACCAUGUGUGGAUUGAUGAUGAGGGUAUAGAUAAUUGGCUUUUUUCCCGUUUGAUUUUGGAAUCUAUGACACAAUCUCAGAUGAAGUGGUGUGCAUGGAUGGCCCUUUUAUGCUCAUGUGUCAGCUUUGCGAACACUCGAUCAUCAGAUGACGCAAAGCAGAUCGUAAGCAGUUUCAUGUGGGCUCUCCGUUUCUGCUGUUGUUAUGAGUUACCUUCAGAACCCUCAACCAAUCAUUCCUCCAUGGGCUUCAUUCAUGUGACCACUGAGCAAUGAAA